UGCAGGUGCUCUUCAGCUUUCUUCUUGUUCCCACAUACCCAUCUACCCCAACCUUUCGCCAAGAAAAAAACUUAGGGUUUAAAUUUCGAUAUUUAUAUGUACAUAAAGUAUAUGAACGCAUCAAAAUAUUUGCGUACGGUAUUGAUGAUAUAGGAUCUGUGUUUGUGUGUUCUUUUUUUUGGGUAGUAUUCUCUUGUUCUUGUAUUGGUUUGGAUCGGUAAACUUAGUUAAAAGAAAAGUAAUCAGCUAGAUCGGCGUAAAGAAGAAAAGGAUCAUGUGCAGUCGAGGCCAUUGGAGACCAGCGGAAGACGAGAAGCUGAAGGAUCUGGUCGAACAAUACGGUCCUCAUAACUGGAACGCCAUAGCCCUCAAGCUCCCUGGUCGAUCUGGUAAGAGUUGUAGAUUGAGAUGGUUCAAUCAAUUGGAUCCGAGGAUAAACCGAAACCCUUUCACGGAAGAAGAAGAAGAAAGACUUUUAGCGGCUCACCGGAUCCAUGGGAACAGAUGGUCGAUCAUCGCAAGGCUUUUCCCCGGAAGAACGGACAACGCGGUCAAGAACCAUUGGCACGUCAUCAUGGCUCGACGCACACGCCAAACCUCCAAGCCUCGACUUUUACCCUCGACGUCUUCGUCUUCUUCUUUAAUGGCGAGUGAACAAAUCAUGAUGAAUUCUGGUGGUUAUCGUAACAAUAGCUCUGGUGAUCGGAAGAGAAUACUCGGAGACGUUAUUAAUUACCCUUACCAAUUCUCUCAUAUCAAUCAUCUUCAGUUCCUUAAGGAGUUUUUCACUGGAAAGAUUGCUUUAAGUGCCAAAGAUGCGAUCGCAGCAAACCAGAGUAAACCUAUGGAGUUCUACAAUUUUCUACAAGUAAACACGGAUUCAAACAAGAGCGAGAUUAUCGAUCAAGAUUCAGAUCAAAGCAACCCCAAUGACUCUGACAACAAAAACGAAAGUGGUGUUCCCUUCUUCGAUUUUUUGUCUGUUGGAAGCUCUGCCUCCUAGGAUUAACUUCUUCGCAGGAACACUGUACAUUUUCUAGCUUGACUAGUCAGUCCGUAUAAGUACGAGACUUUAGAUCGUCAACAUGUAUGUUUGAUGUGUAAAAUUAGUGAGCAUUUGUCUGAAAAAAAUGCGAGAAAAGAGACCUAAUAUAUGUUAAUGUAGCCAUCAGUAUGUUGAAAUAUAUUUGUUCAUUUUCUCUUGUAUAAUUAGAUCGAUAACAUGUAAGCA